AUGGAGUCACUGCCACCAGAAUUGAUGUCUCGAGUGGUGGACUACAUUGUUUCCGAUAGACCUGCAAGAAGUGGUAUUUUCCUGGCCCCAUAUGCCACUGUGGACCGUCGCUGGCAGGCUAUGAUCGAAAGACACACGUUUUCGUAUAUCUACAUCAACACCAAUAAGCGAUUGGAAGAGUUUCAACGGCUAGUAUCUACCACACGCAGAAGAGCUUGUGUUAGAACAAUCACGUUGCUCGUGGAGCUGGAGUCAUACGAUGAGAAAGCGCGCGCCCGAUUCGAGACAGACGAGGAACGCCAACAAAACAACAAGAUCUUUACCGCGACUAUCAGCACUCUUUUCAGAAUCAUAUCGGGCUGGUCAGACAACGCUAGUAUCGCUCUUAACAUCGAGGCACAGUCCCCUAGCGAUUAUACUGCUCUUAAAAGUAGGGGAGAGAUCAAGCAACGACUACGAGCGGCCAAACCACGGGUGAACGAUCUUCUUAGUCAGAGAUAUGAGAGAUCUUACCUUGAAUUCUCUAAAGCAACAUCUGAUUCUGAGUGCCCGCUUGUCCCUGCGAUCACCUCUCUUUCAAUCCAAGGGCUUGCAGAAGAGCGGCUAAUCGAGCCGGCGUCAAGUGUGUUUAUUGCAUUAAAGCUGCCGCGGUUGAACCGCGUGGAGCUGAUUAUGAAGGAUGAAUGUAAGCGAGACGAACGCUUAAGACAACUUCUUCGUAAUAACUUCGCUCGUAAUCUUCACUUGUUUCCUACGAGUGUACGGAAACUUAGUCUACAAUUUCACUAUUUGCCUCCUAGGGAUCAGAACUACCCUCCUCCUGAUGUGACGGUGGACGGAUCAGACCUUUUAAGCUCGCACUUACGGAAUUUCUCUCAGCAACUAGAGAGUCUCUAUACCACCCAAUCAGUUAUUGGCCCGGAAUUGUUUUGGCCGUUUAAUCUACAGGACGACGGCGACGAUCUUAAGCUGCCAUUCUGGCCAAAUUUGAUUAAUGUUUCUGUGGAGUAUCCGCAAAUAACACCGUCUGGAGAGUGGCUCUGUCAACGGGAGCGGGGGGAGGCUGUGGAUGAUGACACGGACAAUGCUUACGACUCUUUCGAAGAUGAUGAGAACGACUAUCCCGAAUACGUGCGGAUUCCUCUCGAAGAUCGCAAGCGCACCAUCUUUCGAACAAGGAUUAUCCCGGAUUAUGUCGAUAAAUUUUACCUUUCGGCUGGUCAGGCGGCCCUCCGAAUGCCUAAGUUGAGACAGAUGAGGCUCGUGGCGAAUGCUGCCCGCCCAGAAUACGCAUUCGAGUAUGAAGUGCAAGCGGGAAGGGCGAAGCUCAGCUGGAGCAAUGAAGACAUAUCCGAUCCACGUGAAACGGACGCUUCGGCAAGGUUAGAAAAGGCUAAGCGUAUAUAUCAGCCGGAUGAGCAGGUCUUCCAGAUUUGGAGAAAAGUUGCCCUUCAACACACUGGAAGUGAACUCGAGGUUGAAUUUAAAGAGUGCGGAACAUGA